GAUUGUUUUCUUCAUGUGUGACGAGUCCGGAAUAAGGAAGGACAAAAUUCAUUUGGCGAUCUUUGCUCUAAACAAAGUGAGAGCACACUUUCAACCUGAAUGCAAAGCAGAAACAGACGUUUUCCUCACUCUCACGGCAGCCUUGCUGGUGAUCCUUCAGUCGUCGUGCCAGUUGUUUUGCCUUCGGGGAAAUGCCGUGUGGUUGGGGAAGAUCCUGGAUGUUUGCUGCAGCCGCAGUGGUGACCGUGUUUCUGCUGGAUGUUGUCGUUUUUGCUCGAGCUAAGAGCUUUGAGGAUGUCCGCUGCAAAUGCAUCUGCCCGCCCUACAGAAACAUUACCGGUCACAUCUAUAACAGAAAUUUCUCCCAGAAAGAUUGCAACUGCCUGCAUGUAGUGGAGCCCAUGCCUGUUCCUGGCCAUGAUGUGGAAGCCUACUGUCUGCUUUGUGAGUGCAAGUAUGAAGAACGAAGCAGCAACACAAUUAAGGUGACCAUCAUCAUUUACCUGUCAGUCGUGGGUGCCUUGCUGCUCUACAUGCUCUUCCUGCUACUGGUUGAUCCUCUUAUCCGCAAGCAUGACCCGUACACCCAGCCGCUGCACAAUGAGGAAGACUCUGAGGAGAUGCGUCCGCAGGCAGAGAGCAGCAGCCAGGCCAGAGGAAACACGGUGCUGGAGCGGGUUGAGGGAGCACAGCAGCGCUGGAAAAAGCAGGUUCAGGAGCAGCGCAAAACGGUCUUUGACCGCCACAAGUUGUUAAGUUAAACCUUAAGGCUGACCUUAACACCAAGUUUAGAGUACGUAACCUUCCUGGGCCGUUUGCUACUACACCAGUGGCACUAUCACAAAACCUCUUUGUCAUUGCUGUGCACCGCAUCUGCCGAAUUAAUAUUUAAACAUGACACAUCUAACACGACAAUGUUUAAACUUGGUUUAUUUACUAGAUGUAAAAACCUGAGAUGGGCAAAGCUGCAGUUUAAAGAAAACUGAUGCUUGAAGCGCUCCUGAUGACCUAAUGUCAUCUCAGCAAAUCUCAGCAUUUUCAGCAAAUCGCACAUCAGUGCAGCUUUGAAUGUCUUAAUAAAAUAAUAACUUUUCCCAUUUUGCACUGGCUGUCAAAGGCAUUUCAGCUUAUUGUGUGUUAAUAUUUAUAAUUGUUUUUCCUUCAAGCAUAAUUUAUGAUGUGAUCUCAGAUAGAAUAAGCUAAGUUAAUUAGGACUACUCUGUCUAUAGAGUUGCAAUGCUGUUGCUAUUUUUUUGGCACUAAUUAUUUAUUGGUAUUUAAAUCUGGAUGAAUUUAAUGUAUGAUUGUUGAUUUGGACUUUGUAUAUUCACAUCUGAGCAGCGCCCCACUCUGUGCCUUUUCUCUCUUUGUGUGGGAGAUCGUGUUUCUCCUAACUUUACAGCUUUCUAAAAAUAACAGAUGGAAAGGUCAACUAAGAAAUUUCACCCAUUGUUAACUAGUGCUUGCAUUCGUAUUAAUUUUAUUUUUACAUUUUCUGACUGAACCCAGCACCACAGCCAUGUGUGGUUUUUUUUUUGUUUGUUUGUUUGUUUUUUUGUUGUUUUUUCUGCAGCACAAUUUGACGUAACACUCUUUUCAUGCAAAGAGAGAAAAAGAAAAGGAGGCAUUUAGCAGAGUUUUAAAGGGACUCUCAGAAAAAUCACAGGAGAAUGCCCUAAACCACUAAAGUGGAUGAUAAUGUGGUUCAGUGUGGCAGAAUCCAGAUGCUUCGUGGCUUUGAAAGGGCUUUGUGUGCAUCAUUAUCUGUCAGUGAAUUCCUGCUCGCAUCCUAUUACUGAAGCUCCCAGUUGGGAAAUUAUUAGUACAGCAAAAACAGGCACACUGGUUUGCAUUACUGUGCCUCAUACACAGUAUGAACUACUGAAGUUUAUUGGUUUCUAAUUGAUUUUUUUAAUUGAUUUUUGAUUAGUUGAUUUGUAAUUAUAGUUUAAUAUCCCUUCUGUCAAUGUAUUAUAUGCAUCUCUGGCCUAAGUGUGCUAUAGAACCAUAUGUUUAGCUUGAUGUGAAAUAA